UUGGUGUUUGAAGAUGUUGCAUCUCUGUAUGUGGCCUGAGUGAUUCCGUGCUGUGGUUUCUCAUUCUCAUGUGGUAUAUCACAUCUGGAAAUACCUCUUCUCAUAUAUAAUUGUGUGAUAUGACAAUUCAUCGCCGUGUUUGGUUCUCACAUACCACGAGUUUUAGGGAGGAGACAGAGUGCAUUUUCUGAGUGAGGCACGUCUCACUCUUCUUGAUAUGGCUUCAGAAAUCACCUAUGCAGAAGUGAAGUUCAAGAAUGAAUCCAACUCCUCAGGCACCUACUCAGUUUCUGCUACAGCGCCCAAAGUGAAGCCCACCCCUCCUCUAAGUAAGCCUGGCCGCCCCUCGCUGCUCUUCACAUUACUGAUGGCACUUUUCCUGCUGUUGGCCAUCGCAUUCUUGGCUGCUUUUAUCUUUUAUUUUCAAAAAUACUCUCAGCUUCUUGAAGAAAAAAAAGCUAUAAGUUUAACUCACAAAGUUAUAACUCACAAAGAAUUGAACUGCAAAAAAGACGAUCCACCCACAUCUGACAAAGUCUGGAGCUGUUGCCCAAAGGACUGGAAGCCAUUUAAUUCCCACUGCUACUUCAUAUCGAAUGACUCAUCAUCUUGGAAUAAGAGUGAGGAGAAGUGCUCCAGCAUGGGUGCUCAUCUGAUGGUGAUCCACAGCCAGGAAGAGCAGGAUUUUAUCACCAAGAUCCUGGAUCGUAAAGCUGUUUAUUAUAUUGGGCUUUCCGAUCCAGGUCACCGACAGUGGCGAUGGGUUGAUCAGACACCAUACAAUGAAAGUGCCACGUUCUGGCACCCAGGUGAGCCCAACUAUGACCAUGAACAAUGUGUUACAGUAAAUCAUCGAAAUUCUGGUUGGGGCUGGAAUGACAUCCCUUGCAGUGUUAAACAGAAUGCAGUUUGUCAGGUGAAGAAAAUAUACUUAUGAAUCAAGCCUUUUCCAUGGACAUGGAUUGCAUUUUUAUCCAGCUUUACACAGAUACCUGGAUAGAUCUUCUUGUGGAAUAGAUGUCCAUAGAAUUUUAAGGCAGUCAACAGUUAUCCAUAUGAUAACACUGGUCUCCAUAUAUACUUAUUUAUUCAUCCUUUACUCUUUAUAUAAUGAGAAUUUCCCAUAUUCUAGAGACUCUACAGGAUCCUUUGUGCAUAUGUGGAAGCACUCCAGCCUCUGUCCUUUCUUGGAUUCCUAAGGUCUUAUUUGAAGAUAGAGUUGUAUGGUGUGGACCCUCUAGCCAUUUCCCUGUCUCUUUGUUCCUCUGUCUUAAGAUUUAUUGAUGUAUACUUGACAAAUAAAUAAUGUACAUUUACAUCA